AUGGAUCCCGCCACGUACGUGGACCCUGAGUUGACCAUUGCAGAUCAUCUGGUUCUGGAAACAUUGGUGGACAAAUCACUCUCUCAAGGUGAGUAUCUGCCGUCAAAGAACACUUUCUUCCAUGAGCCAAAUCGGUCCCCUGACAGUCCCUGGUUCACAGGACAAACAAAGACCACAGUGGGCCAACGGCCCAGCGAUGAAGAUGUUGCUCAGAAGCUUCAAGACAUGAAUGAUGCAUCUCAUCCAGACUUUGAUCCUACCAUCUUCCAAUUCUGGGAUACCCCUGUGCUGCGAGCCAAAGUGCCGGCAGCUCUCCAGCGAUAUGUCCUACAGCCUUAUCAGAAAUGGGCCCAGGCAGUGGUCCGCUUCCCAACGGAUGUGGUGAUGUUAACACAUUUGCUGCUGUAUUUCACCACGAUAGUCCCGAGUGCCAUGUUCCUGUACUAUCGAUUCUCCUGGAUUCACGGGAUCCUGCAUUGGGCCAUGCAGCUGUGGUACUGUGGAGCCUUCACGUUGAUGAAGCACCAACACAUCCACAUGAAUGGUGUGCUGGCGCCUCAAUACUGGCUGUUUGACACCCUGUUCCCCUACCUGCUGGAUCCGAUGCUUGGGCACACGUGGAAUUCUUACUAUUACCACCACAUCAAACAUCAUCAUGUGGAAGGUAAUGGCGAGCAAGAUUUGAGCACCACCAUGUUCUACGACCGGGAUAACGGGCUCGACUUUGCCCGUUAUGUGGGCCGGUUCAUCUUCUUCAUCUGGAUGGAACUCCCGCUGUAUUUCUGGAACAAAGGCCAGGUCAGGUAUGCCUGCAAAGCUGCAUUCUGGGAGCUGGGCAACUACCUGGCCAUCUAUUGCCUCUACAACUAUGUCAAUGCCCGCGCCACGGUCUUUGUUCUGAUCCUCCCUUUGACGGUCAUGCGCUGUGGUCUGAUGGUGGGCAACUGGGGCCAACACGCCUUUGUGGAUCCCAUCGACCCCGACUCAGAUUAUCGGUCCAGUAUCACCCUCAUUGAUGUUCCGAGCAACCGGUACUCCUUCAACGAUGGUUACCAUACCUCUCAUCAUUUGAACCCCCGUCGCCAUUGGAGAGAUCACCCGGUAGCAUUUGUGAAGGGUAAAGAUCGGUAUGCGGAAGAAAGAGCCCUCGUCUUCCGCAAUGUCGACUACAUUUUCAUCACCGUCCACCUCUUGCGCAAAAACUACCUUCAUCUCGCCAAAUGUCUCAUCCCGAUCGGAGACCAGGUCAACAUGACUCUUGAGCAGCGGGCGGAAAUGUUGCGAAGCAGGACUCGCAAGUUUCCGCGCGACUAUGGGAAGAAAAAGCUUUAG